AGCUCAUUUAGUAAUGUUAGAAAGAAUAAUGAGUCAGAUGACCUAGCUAUAGCCACAGGAUAAGCUAUUAACAAGACCCUUUCAAGACCUCACUACCUCUCAUAUUGAAUCCAGGACACUCCCAGUGGACGGUGGUACCUCACCCUACAGCGUAUUGCCGCUUGUGAGACCUCUAUAAGCACUACUGGCACACUAGCCAUCCUUCCAUGAGUGUGUGCCUGGGAGAAUGGCGCUGAGUGGAUUUUAUGGUAUAUUGUAUUAUGGGAUCCUUGCGUCCCUGACUGGAGGCUACCUGCCAGUGAGAGCCAAGAACCUCUGGUUGACCCUCUUCCAUCUAGCUCUCUUUAUUGGUUUCCUUGUCUCCCCGUUGAUUGUCUUCUUUGUGGCGCCUACUAGCUGGAUUGGCUGGUUUGUGUACGCCCUGAUCACACUCGUAGCGUUCCUUGUCCUCAAGAUAGUCAAUAUUCGCCUCCACUUGUCCCUCGGCAGUGACCCCCUCCCGGAACCACUCCCCUCUGAGGACACACCCCCUUCUGACAGUGAGGAACAAACACUAGAUGACAAAGCUACCGCUAAGGCACUGGAGGCAGGAGAAGAGGAGAAGAAGUCAUUGAAGGUAGUAGAAGAGGAGAAGAUGAAUACACUGAGCCAUGCUGACUCUGCUGAACUCAAUAGAAGCACUUCUCAACAGGCUUCAUUAGCCGGCCCCUCCUAUGAGCUACAUAGCAGGGAAGAGGCAGUCCUGGAGAUAGAACAAACGUCCAAUGAGGACACAGACUCAAAGGACAUUCUCUCAGUGGGUGUGGCCAGAAGGGGAGACCACACCCUCCAAGCAAUACUAUCUGACGACCCCAGUGCCGUGGUCCUCAUGAGCCCUGUACAUAGAUCCAACCCCAACAUAGCCUCCUCCCCCACAACCGUGGUCGCAAUGCUCAACUCCAGUAGAGAAGAAGUGAGGACGAAGGACGACAGAGACAGAGACCGACACUCAAUCACUGAGGGCACAUCCCUUCCUCGUAGGGACAGGACAGCCGCGGGAAUAUGUCUACAACGUGGGCGGAGUCUCCAUGGGGAAGAGUCACAGUCACAGGAGGAAGAGGAAGGACAUCAUCACACACGACGCUAUGCCAUGCGUAGUGGGACACGCCCCCCUCGCCGCCAUUCCUCCCCCACCUCCACAGCUGUGUCUCGUGCUGUGGCCCCUACCCUCUCCCCUGUGCCUCCAUCUCCUGAGCUGUACGACACUGUUCGGUCCCAGCUGUACGAGGAAAACAGAUAUGCUCUGAUGGACGUAGUGGACCGAAUGCCUCCCCCACUGUUGGAUGCCAUCUUAGAGGGAGCCCUACCGGACAGCUUCUAUGAGAAUCUUGUGGCCAGAGUGGAUGAGCUGAGGAGGGGACACCUAGCCAGUGGAGAUGGCGAUGCUAGUCACGGUGCCAUCCAUUGGUUUGAAGUGAGUGGUGAGUGGAACUUUUACGUCUUCGAGAGCUCCGAUGACAGCGUGCCUAGUCUGGAUGAUGAGGACGAACUGCAGCGCUAUCUGCGCUUUGGACUUGACGAGAGCCUAAGACGACCUCCCCCAAUCCCUCCAAGGGUACCGGAGGAACCAAAGGACGAGGAGAAGAAACCAACAUACCGUAUCCUGCCCUAUAUUCGGAGGACCACUGUUGAGCUGAAGUUUCCACGCAAAACUCUCGAGGAGUUCAUGGAUCGGAAUGUGACGUGGAGUGAGGCUCUGGGGACCGUGCUACUGGCCACACUGGUGUGUGUGGUGGGAGCACUGCUGCUCUCAUUGGUCAACUUCUAUCAGGGAAUUACCGCAGUGAUAUUCUGUUACGUUGUAGCCACCGCUCAUUUCUCUCUCAUCAAGAGCGUGGAGGAUGACCCCGCCUCUCCCAGUCCAGGUCAGAACCACAUCACAGCACUAAGCCGUGCAGUCUACUUCCUGCUAGCUGGAGUACUGGCUCUGUGUAUUGAUGCUGCCCUCAGGAACAUCGACACCUUCCCUGUACUACUGGUGUAUGAGUUCAACGUUAACAGUCAAGUUGUCCUCAUGUUCGUGAGGGACGCGCUACUCAUCUUCAUUCUGUUCCUGCCUCUACUGUUCAUGUUUGGCUGGCUGCCUCAGGCUGAUACCUUCACUACCUGGUUCUGUGAGCAGCUGGACAUGCACUUGUUUGGAGGGACCCCUGCCACUGGACUAGUGUGUUCCCUGUAUAGCCUGGGGCGCAGUAUGGCCAUGGUGGCUGUUCUGUGGCCACUAGGUUGGGCCGCAUUUAACACUCUGAAUAUCGAACUGAUGAUUGGUCCUGACGGCCAAGAGUACGAUCCUAAUAAUCCAGGGAUGGCGUGUGAGAGUGUUAAUGACAGGGUCGCCCUCGCUUUCUUCAUUGGCUCCAUCUUUGCUGCCUCUUUUAUCCUAAGCCGCAGUACCUCCAACUACCAAUACCUCUGGGACCUUAUGUGUCGAGGGGUCAAGAAAUGUAAGACGUGCUUCAGUCAGAGCUCACCUGAGCACAGUGCAGCCAUGCCUGACUUCUCUGACCCUCUGGAGGAUAUCUACUGUCGUACCGUGUGGUCGAGGAUGGGUUAUGACAUCAUGGCUGGACUCUUUGUGUUCGUGUUUGUCACUGGCCUCAACUUAACCACCAUCUUCUGUAGACAUCCUAUCCCCUCCUACAUUAUCUAUGGGCUCACAUGUCUGGUGGGUGUGAUCAACCAUUACAUCAUCCCUCAUCUACGCAAGGAGAUGCCAUGGUUACUCUGCAGUGAACCUCUCGUCAAGGCCAAGGACUGGGACUCCUUCGAGGUCACAGAGGACCCAAAGCUCUCAGUGGCAGAGCAGUUGUUGCAAUGGUCUCUGUUUCUAGAGAAGAAUAUCUUAUAUCCCCUCACAUUCUUGUUCGCCCUCAACCUCUCCGCACAUCAUUACAAGUUCAUCUUUGGAGAAUUCGGAGCUGCACUGGUAGUGGGUGUGGUCGGCCUCAAGUUAGUCCGCAGUGCAUACACAGAGCUCUCCCGACAAGUGUUUGUGCUCGUCUUUGCUCUGUUCUUUUUCAAUUUUGACUACGCCCACCUCUCUGAGGGACUUCCCCUAGACUACUUCAUCAUUGCCAUCCUUUUCAACAAGUUUUACGACCUUGUGCUCAAGAUGCAGUUCAUCUAUAUCUACAUAGCUCCUUGGCAGACAUCGUGGAGUUCAGCCGGUCACAUCAUAGCCCAGCCUCUCCUCAUCCCACACACGCCACUCAUCUUCUUGCAGACAUUGAUAUCCUCUGUCUUGAGCACGCCCAUUAACCCAGUGUAUGCUAGCACUUUCUUUACCCUCUCCUACGCACGCCCCGUCAAAUACUGGGAGAAGAACUACAAUACUAAGAGAGCUGACUCUAGCAACACAAGACUGGACCUACAGCUGGAGGGUAACCUCAGAAAUCCAAACCCUGAUCGACUGGACAGCUUGUUCUAUGAGCACUUGACGUGGGUACUACAGAAGAGUCUGUGUGGAGACUUGGCACUCGGUCGCUGGGGCAACGUCACCAAUGGCGAUAUAUUUAUCCUCACGUCUGACCGUCUUAAUGCUCUAGUACACAUCAUCGAGUACGGCAACGGGUUCGUGACCUUUCAACUACGAGGGUUAGAGUUUAGAGGGACCUACUGUCAUCAGCGAGAGGUGGAGGCUAUCACCGAGUCUGUUGCUGGGGACGACGGCUGCUGUUGCUGUGAGCCAGGCCAUGUACCAUGUUUCCUGUCAUGCAACAAGACCUUCAGCCUCCGCUGGUUAGCCUGGCAGGUGGUCUCAUCGUCCUAUACACUACACGGUUACUCUAUCGCUGAGAAUCAAGCACACCUGGUGUUCAACUCCUUUGAUCAUCGCCGGAGCUACAUCACCCAUUACUGCAAGUGCAUUAUCUUCAAGCUGAUCACGUCCCCACGGCUGCAAUCCCUCCUGGAGAGUGGCCCCCUACGCGAGGCCCUGGAGAGACAGCACGAGCCUGGCUAUGUGGACCACGACUCUCUCUUUGAUGACUCCAGGAACUGUGAUUACACUCACAGCUCUCGAGGUGUGGAGAGGCAUCAGUUUGUGGCAGCCUUCCAACCUUUCAUACAAGUCUGUGUGGAACAGCAAGGCUUACAGGUGGAGCACGGUGGUGACUCGUUCCUGGUGACCUUGUGCUUUGCCUAUACUCUACUUGGACGGAGGAUGUUCUUCCAACAUGCACAGCAAGGGGCCGGACGCAGGGGUGGUGAUAACUUCAUGCACGGACUGUACAAGCUGUUCAUUGGGGACGCUCGUCCUAAUGGGGAGAAUGAUGAGUGGGUGUUCCAGGACGUUGACUCUAUCAAGGACUUCAUCAUUCCUGCAGCCAGGACUGCCCUCAAGGUUCACCAGGACAACUUCACUUUCUCUGAGGAGUAUGACUCUCCCAUUGGUGUGUAUGAGGCCAUCCAUGAGGUGGAGCAUGAGCAUGUGGUCACUCAUGAGAACGACAGAGCAUGGAGGACUGCUGUGAUCAUGAACAAGCCCUCCAUGUUGGCACUACGCUAUCAGAGGACAGAGGAGUCCUACGUGUACCCGUACAAGCUCAUCCGCCUCACCUCCAAGUUCAUCAAGUUCAGAGUGGUCAAGUUGAAUCGUGAAUGUGUUCGUUCCUUGUGGACUAGUCAGCAACAUGAGCUCAUCUUCCUGCAUAACAGCGACAGUGAGAGAGGGAGCAUCCAAAACCACAAGCCCACCCUCCGUAAUAUGGUCAACUCAUCAAUGGACCUCCCCAUCGGCUACCCCAUCUACGUGUCCCCUCUACAGACUUCAUAUAUAGACAGACAUGAAUCCUACAACUCCACUCUCAUCUCUAAGAUCACCAACCCCCACGAGAUUGUCAAGGCAGCGCAUGUCGUCAAGGACUGGUGUGGAGCGUGCUCUAAGAAGACAGACGAAUCUCAUGGACGUACCAGCUCAAAAGGGGAGGGGCCGACAACAGCUAACGAGGGGGGUGAAACCGGAGUCCCCCGUGCCGGUAGUGUUGACAGCCUAACUGGAAUGCAGUAUGGAGCGGAGACACAACAGCCGUAUGUGGACCCAUUCCCAGAGUCCGAUUCCGAUGGUGAUGAGCAACUUUGGAAGCCAAUGUGGGUAUCGAAAACUGUUGCCAUUUCUGACACGAGUGAGAUAUUUGAGAACUUCAAGGUAUCUUGGCUGAAGUGGAGGGAUGAGAGUUUGUCCCAAAAGGCACAGCGAAGUCAUUGGAAGGCAUGGCGACCAGAGGAAGGUAUGGAGGGGGAGGUGGUCCACGAAUGGAGGCCAUUCCAUCUGGAGGCUGUCCAUCGCAGUCACAUUGACAAGGUGAUCUUGUUAGUGAAGAUGACGGAGGACUUGUAUGUGCUGGUCAAGGAGCAGGGUGUCAGGGAGGUCUAGAACUGGACAAUAAUAUACGAAUCAAUGUGUGUACUGGUUGACUGACUGUGUGUGUUAUUUUAUCCCUGUAGCUAGCUAUUGCUUGUGUGGGUGUGUGGUGUAUUGAUUGCACUUAUAUAUUAAUUUUUUGUACCUAAUGGUUUCUGCUCCAAGCAGUUUGAUUAUUACAGUGA